ACAGCUACAGGGACGAUGCACGUAAAUGUGAGCUGUGAUGUAUUCGGGGAUUGAGAAACGGAUUUGUAACAGACUAGAAAAACGAGGUUCGGCUAAGAGCUGUGAUGGGUGUUGACAGCGCAACUAGGAUUUUCAUUGCUGGGGUCUUAUUACUGCAGCUGCGGAGGAUAUCAGCGCUGGGAGUGAACGAGCUGCUCUAUUUCCGAAUCCUCAGCCCCCCAGACAUUGGUUACAUUUUCAGUGCAGCCCCUGCCCGCGACUUUGGUGGGGACUUUACGACCUCGUAUGAUGAGAUCUUCCUGGUGCCAGCGGAGCCUGUGGAUGGCUGCUCAGAGCUGAAAAACCGAGACCAAAUUGAGGGCCAGGUCACCCUACUGGAGAGAGGGGGGUGCUCUUUCGUGCAGAAGGCCCGUGUUGUGGAGGAGGCCGGGGGCCGGGCGGUGCUGAUUGCAGACGAUGCAUCUGACAAUGACAGUCAGUACCUGGACAUGAUCACGGACGGAACGGCGGACCGGCCUAGCAUUCCUGCACUCUUCAUCCUGGGGAGGGAUGGGAUGAUGAUCCGCCGCUCCCUGCAGAGCCAGUCUCUCCCCUGGGCUGUGAUCUCCAUCCCUGUCAACGUGUCCUCUCUGGCCUCCUUCCCACUGCAGCAGCCGCCCUGGACACUGUGGUAGAGAAGCUGGCCUGGGCUGUGUCACAGGCGCACACACACACACACACACACACACACACACACACACGCACAUGCACGCAUGUACACGCACACGUACACGUACAUACAUACUCACAUAGUUCUGCUCUCUGAGUCUGCUCUGGAUUCUCGCACGGUGCUGAGCAUGCCCCAAACCAUUUACAAUGUGCUACAUUGUGCAGGUACCCAGACAGACAGACUGACU